AUGGCUACCAUCCAGUCAGAGACUGACUGUUACGACAUCAUUGAGGUACUGGGCAAGGGCACUUUCGGAGAGGUGGCCAAGGGCUGGCGUCGGAGUACAGGGGAAAUGGUGGCCAUCAAGAUCCUGAAGAACGACGCUUACCGGAGCCGCAUCAUCAAGAACGAGCUAAAGCUGCUGCGCUGCGUCCGAGGCCUGGACCCCGACGAGGCCCAUGUCAUCCGCUUCCUUGAGUUCUUCCACGACGCCCUCAAGUUCUACCUGGUCUUCGAGCUGCUGGAGCAGAACCUCUUCGAGUUUCAGAGGGAGCACAAUUUCGCGCCCCUUCCUGCCCGCCACAUCCGCACCGUCACACUGCAGGUCCUCAGGGCGCUGGCCCGGCUCAAGGAGCUGGCCAUCAUCCACGCCGACCUCAAGCCUGAGAACAUUAUGCUGGUGGACCAGACUCGCUGUCCCUUCCGGGUAAAGGUGAUCGACUUCGGCUCGGCCAGCAUCUUCAGUGAGGUGCGCUACGUCAAGGAGCCGUACAUUCAGUCCCGCUUCUACAGGGCCCCAGAGAUCCUACUGGGACUUCCCUUCUGUGAGAAGGUGGACGUGUGGUCUCUGGGCUGCGUCAUGGCGGAGCUGCACCUGGGCUGGCCCCUCUACCCAGGCAACAACGAGUAUGACCAAGUGCGCUACAUCUGCGAGACCCAGGGCUUGCCCAAGCCCCACCUGCUGCACGCCGCCCGCAAGGCUCACCACUUCUUCAAGCGCAACCCUCACCCUGAUGCCACCAACCCCUGGCAGCUGAAGUCCUCUGCGGACUACCUAGCGGAGACCAAGGUACGCCCCCUGGAGCGCCGCAAGUACAUGCUCAAAUCCUUGGACCAGAUCGAGACGGUGAACGGCGGCGGGGCUGUGAGUCGUUUGAGUUUCCCGGACCGCGAGGCACUGGCGGAACACGCAGACCUCAAGUGCAUGGUGGAGCUAAUGAAACGCAUGCUCACGUGGGAGUCUCACGAACGCAUCAGUCCCAGCGCCGCGCUGCGACACCCCUUCGUGUCUAUGCAGCAGCUGCGCAGCGCCCACGAGGCCACCCGCUACUACCAGCUGUCGCUGCGUAGCUGUCGGCUGUCCCUGCAAGUGGAUGGCAAGCCACCCCCACCUGUCAUAGCCAGCGCAGAGGACGGGCCUCCCUACUACCGCCUGGCUGAGGAGGAGGAGACUGUAGGCCUGGGUGGUGUAGCGGGCGGUGGGUCCCUCUUCAGGGAGGAGAAGGCUCCGGGAGUGCAGAGAACCAUUGAUCAGCUCGAUGUCCUGAGUCUGCAGGAGGCCAGAAGGGGCCUGUGGAGCGACACCCGGGCCGACAUGGUCUCUGACAUGUUGGCCCCACUCAAAGUAGCCAAUACCAGCCAUAGGGUCCCCGAUUCGGGCCCGGAGCCCAUCCUAGCCUUCUAUGGCAGCCGCUUGACUGGCCGCCAUAAGGCCCGCAAGGCCCCUGCAGGCUCCAAAUCUGACCCCAACUUCAGUAACCUCAUCCGGCUGAGCCAGGCCUCAACAGAGGAUGCUGGACCUUGUCCGGGAAGUGGCUGGGAGGAAGGAGAAGGCCGAGGGGCCUCCACAGAGCCGUCUGUCAUCCCACAACGGGAAGGAGAUGGGCCCAGCAUCAAAGACAGGAUCAUGGAUACUGAGAGGUCGGGCCCUGAGCUCUUCGAUCCUGGCAGCUGUCCUGGGGAGUGGUUGAGUGAGCAAGAACGGACCCUGGAGGGCAUCCGGGGGUCCCGAGCUCAAGGGCUCCCAGCUCGCCACGCCCACCCGCACGGGCCACCCAGGACCGCCAGCUUUCUGCAGCAUGUUGGAGGGCACCACUGA